AUGUCUGCUGCUGUGCUAAAGAAGGCAGAGUCAGACAAGAAGGCUGUUGAGGACAAGCUGGCUAAGGAAGAGGUUGCUCGGGAAAAGGCGAAGAAGAGGGUUGAGGAGGCGCUAAUGAAUAAGGAGGAGGAGUUGGAGGCGGAGAAGAAGAGGUCAGCCGAUCUUGAGGCAUCUUGGGCGCCGACGACGGAGGAAUCCGAUGACAUAUCCGUGCUGAAGUCCAGGGCCGAGAUGGCUGAAGCUGGGUUCGACCGGGCUGUCGAACAGCUGAAGCUUCUGAACCCUGGGUUGAAGGUGGACAACAUCGGGCUCUCGUCGAGGAUCGUGGAUGGACAAUUGUUGCCCGACUCUCCGGCCGAAGAUGAAUGA